CCCUCUUCUGUGCGAGUGUGUGUGUGUGUUGCCCUGUUGACUUGAAGGGGCUCUACGUGACGACUGAAAGAGAGGGGCCAGCACUUCAGAUCGGAGGCGCAGCGGUGCAGGACAGUUCAGAAGCGCAGAGAGGAGAGGAGUACGGGAGAGACGGUGGCCGUCCGUCAACCAGCUGGGGGAAAACACACACUAACAAACCCUUAUGGCUGCUUGAGAAAUAACGACAUACCCCCCCUCCCCCCUUUUUUUCUCUGGGACUUUUUUUGGCUUUUAGUUUUUUUUUUUUUGUCCUGACCAGAAGUUUUUGCAAGUCUAAUUAGCUGUUGAAAAAGUGAAUCCACUUUGCCGUGGACGUCUCUGGCGGUCAUGGAUACCCAUAUAAGAUGGAAAGUUAAACGGAGGAUAAGGGACGUCCAAAUCACUUUAUCCGUGAUUCUCCUUUUUAUCACGUCGCAAGCAAGUUCAGUGGAACCAGCAGACCUCUUGAAGAUUUUAGAUUUUCACAGUUUACCCGAAGGUGUUACGAAAACAACGGGUUUGUGCUCACAUAGAAGGUCAUCACAAGGACCCGAUGUGGCUUACAGAGUAUCCAAAGAUGCCCAGCUCAGUGCCCCCACCAAACAGCUGUACCCAGGUGAUGUCUUCCCUGAGGACUUUUCCAUCAUGGCCACAGUGAAGCCUAAGAAGGGCAGCCAGUCCUUCCUGUUGUCUCUGUACAAUGAACAGGGCAUCCAGCAGCUUGGUCUAGAAGUGGGCCGCUCUCCAGUCUUCCUAUAUGAGGACCACACAGGCAGACCCAGCCCUGAGGACUACCCCCUCUUCAGAGGAGUCAACCUAGCCGACGGAAAGUGGCAUCGAGUGGCCAUCAGCGUGCACAAGCAGACCAUCACCCUCAUUCUGGACUGUAAAAAGAGGACCACACAGAAGUUACUCCGAAGUCCCCAACCAGUCAUUGAUACCAAAGGAAUUAUAGUGUUUGGAACAAGAAUACUUGAUGAAGAAGUCUUUGAGGGAGACAUCCAGCAGCUAAUGAUUGUAGCAGACCAUCGUGCUGCCUAUGACUACUGUGAGCACUACAGCCCUGAUUGUGAAGUGCCAUCCCCUGACCAGCCACAGAACCAGGACCCCGGCACAGACAGCUCUAACAAAGAGGAGGACAGCUACUAUUAUGAAUACCCUUACUACGAUGAUUUGGCAAGGCCUUAUGAUGUAACUCUUGAUUCUGAGACAACCACAAAAGAGGAGACAGAAGGGGACAGUCUGAUCACAGGGGGUGAGAUUUUGAAAGGCAGUUCUACUGGCACCGACCGAACCUCCAUCUCCACCGGCUCAUCCUCUCGCUCAUCCAGCAGCUCUUCAAGUACUGCCACUGGAGGAGGAGAAGAUGAUUACAAAUCGGAGCCGUACAACUAUGACACCUAUGAUUACCCCUACUACGACGAAUCCACGUCUUCACCUGAUGGUGUUGAUACCUCUCGAAGUGUCACCAUCACCGGCAUCGGCACUGGGGGCGAGCUGGACCUGGGAGCAGGGGGAAGGAUUGAUUUGGAUGCCGGGACUGGAGCGAAGGUCAUCACCGCUGGUGAAAGGACUACAGUAACAAUCUCCAGCAACAAAACAGCAGGAGCCUCCUACGAUGACUACGGAACCUACGGAUAUGAUUAUGACAUUGACAGGACCCACACCAUUGAUGGAGAUGGCAGCAGCAGCAGUACAAUAAACAUUGGCGGUGGAGGAGGCAGCAGUAGCACUUCAGUGCACAUCAGUGGUGGAGGCAGCAGCAGCAGCGGUACUCUGAACAUUGGAGGUGGAGGCAGCAGCAGCAGCAGUAGCACUACUGUGCACGUCAGUGGUGGAGGUGGUGGUAGCAGCAGCAGUACUCUGAACAUUGGAGGUGGAGGCAGCAGCAGCAGCAGCAGCAGCAGCAGUACUGUGCACGUCAGUGGUGGAGGUGGUGGUAGCAGCAGCAGCAGUUCUACCAUCACCCUCGGGGGUGGAGGAAGUUCCGUGUCAGUGGGAGGCGGCUCAGCCAGCGCAGGCACCGGAAACCGAGGGUCCAUCGCCACCGGCACUGGCCUGGGUGUGGACGGCUAUGAUGAUUACACGGAUCUGGAAGGGUUCAAUCAGGAGGACCUCAAAAACUAUGACGGAGAGCUAGAUGAAACCUACGAUUACGGCACAGAGCUGCCUAACAUAGGGCUGCCUGCUAACACUCUGGAUUAUGGGCAGGGUUACGGAGCUCAUGGCGAGAAAGGACAGAAGGGAGAGCCUGCUGUUAUUGAGCCUGGAAUGUUAGUGGAAGGUCCGGCUGGGCCUGAAGGGCCAACAGGUCUCCCUGGACCCCCAGGUGCUUCUGGCCCACCAGGCAGUCCUGGAGAUCCUGGAGAGAGGGGUCUUCCAGGUCGUCCUGGUCUUCCUGGUGCUGAUGGCCUGCCAGGACCUCCUGGAACUGUCCUGAUGCUGCCUUUCAGACUCAGCGCUGGAGGUGACUCUGGGCAGAAGGGACCUGCUGUAUCAGCACAGGAGGCCCAGAUGCAAGCCAUCAUGCAGCAGGCUAGGCUGGCUAUGCGCGGUCCUACAGGGCCAAUGGGUUUGACUGGCAGACCUGGACCACUGGGUCCUCCUGGUGUACCAGGACUGAAGGGGGAGUCUGGAGAGGCAGGACCUCAGGGACCACGUGGACCUUUGGGAACCCCUGGACCUCCUGGAAAGCCUGGUAGAAGAGGUCGCUCUGGAGCUGAUGGUGCCAGGGGCAUGCCAGGACAGACUGGACCAAAGGGAGACAGAGGAUUUGAUGGUCUGGCUGGACUUCCUGGUGAAAAAGGACACAGAGGUGAACCCGGCCCCCAGGGACCUCCCGGUGGUCCCGGAGAGGAUGGAGAGAGGGGAGAUGAUGGAGAGAUCGGACCCAGGGGACUUCCUGGUGAACCAGGGCCUCGGGGUUUGCUGGGACCAAAAGGACCUCAGGGACCUCCUGGACCACCUGGCGUUACUGGAAUGGAUGGCCACCCUGGACCCAAGGGAAACAUAGGACCUCAAGGAGAGCCCGGACCUCCCGGACAGCAAGGCAACCCAGGAGCCCAGGGACUUCCAGGGCCUCAAGGAGCCAUUGGACCUCCAGGAGAGAAGGGCCCGACCGGAAAGCCAGGCUUGCCAGGAAUGCCAGGAGCUGAUGGCCCACCGGGUCACCCUGGAAAAGAGGGGCCUUCUGGAGAGAAAGGCCACAUGGGCCCUCCUGGCCCUCAAGGACCUAUUGGUUAUCCUGGGCCUCGAGGCGUGAAGGGAGCUGACGGUGUGCGUGGCCUUAAAGGACACAAGGGUGAAAAGGGAGAAGACGGCUUCCCCGGCUUCAAGGGAGAUAUGGGUAUCAAAGGCGACAGGGGAGAACUUGGACCAGCAGGACCCAGAGGUGAAGAUGGCCCCGAGGGGCCAAAGGGUCGUUCAGGGCUUCCAGGAGAUGCUGGUCCUCUUGGUCCAAGUGGUGAGAAGGGUAAACUUGGAGUUCCUGGAUUGCCAGGAUACCCAGGAAGACAAGGACCAAAGGGAUCUCAGGGUUUCCAAGGUUUCCCUGGUGCCAAUGGAGAGAAAGGAACUCGGGGAACAGCAGGAAAGCCGGGCCCACGCGGACAGAGAGGACCAACGGGGCCUCGAGGAGAGAGAGGACCAAGAGGACCGACAGGAAAAGCUGGUCCAAAGGGUAACUCAGGGAAUGACGGCCCACCGGGACCUCCCGGUGAGAGGGGAUUGCCUGGGCCUCAGGGACCAACAGGUUUCCCAGGACCAAAGGGCCCCCCUGGACCUGCAGGGAAAGACGGAUUGCCAGGACAUCCUGGACAGAGAGGAGAAACUGGAUUCCAAGGCAAAACAGGCCCUCCUGGUCCUCCAGGAGUGGUUGGACCUCAGGGACCAACAGGUGAGACUGGACAAACGGGAGAACGUGGACACCCUGGACCCCCGGGACCACCUGGUGAGCAAGGUCUGCCUGGAGCUGCAGGAAAAGAAGGAGCCAAGGGUGAUCCUGGCCCUGCUGGCCCGUCUGGUAAAGAUGGCCCACCUGGGCAAAGAGGUUUCCCUGGAGAGAGAGGUCUGCCUGGUCCUGUGGGAGCUCAUGGCCUGAAAGGGAAUGAGGGUCCUCCUGGCCCACCUGGCCCUGCUGGUUCUCCUGGUGAGCGUGGUCCUGCAGGGCCAGCAGGUCCUACAGGUCUCCCAGGACGUUCUGGCCCCCAGGGACCUCCAGGCCCUGCUGGAGAGAAGGGUGGACCGGGAGAGAAAGGACCUCAAGGUCCAGCUGGAAGAGAUGGUAUUCAGGGACCUGUUGGUUUGCCAGGACCUGGAGGACCUCCUGGCCCACCUGGAGAGGACGGAGACAAAGGAGAGAUUGGAGAGCCGGGCCAGAAAGGAAGUAAGGGUGACAAAGGAGAACAUGGUCCACCCGGUCCUACUGGCCCUCAAGGACCUGUUGGAGCACCGGGUCCUGCUGGUGCAGAUGGUGAGCCUGGUCCCAGAGGUCAGCAGGGUAUGUUUGGCCAGAAAGGAGAUGAAGGAUCCAGAGGAUUCCCUGGACCUCCAGGCCCAGUCGGUCUGCAGGGCUUACCUGGUCCACCUGGCGAGAAAGGUGAAACUGGAGAUGUUGGUCAAAUGGGUCCACCAGGUCCCCCUGGUCCCAGAGGUCCCUCAGGACCCCCGGGAGCCGACGGUUCUCAGGGACCUCCCGGUGGUAUUGGAAACCCUGGUGCUGUUGGAGAAAAGGGAGAUACCGGUGAAACGGGAGAGCCAGGCCCUCAGGGAGAAGUUGGCCCACCAGGUCCAAGAGGAGAGCGAGGAGAGAAGGGAGAGGCUGGUCCGGCUGGUGCUGCUGGACCUCCAGGCCCUAAGGGACCCCCAGGAGAUGAUGGUCCAAAAGGCAGCCCAGGUCCAAGUGGUUUCCCUGGUGACCCCGGCCCCCCUGGAGAGCCUGGUCCAGCUGGCUUAGACGGUUUACCGGGUGACAAGGGCGAUGAUGGAGAGGCUGGUCAGCCUGGUUCACCUGGACCCACUGGAGAAUCUGGUCCUGCUGGACCACCAGGAAAGAGAGGGCCUCCUGGACCUGCAGGACCUGAGGGAAGACAAGGAGAGAAGGGAGGCAAGGGAGAGCCUGGGUUAGAAGGUCCCCCUGGAAAAACAGGUCCCGUUGGUCCUCAAGGAUCACCCGGAAAGCCAGGUCCCGAAGGUCUCAGGGGAAUCCCUGGUGCUGUUGGAGAACAAGGUCUACCUGGUGCUCCAGGCCCAGAUGGACCUCCCGGGCCUAUGGGCCCACCUGGCUUACCUGGUUUGAAAGGAGACUCUGGUGUCAAAGGAGAAAAGGGACAUCCAGGUCUUAUUGGUUUAAUUGGACCACCAGGUGAACAGGGAGAGAAAGGUGACAGAGGCCUUCCUGGUCCUUCCGGAUCAGCUGGUCCCAAAGGAGACAAUGGUAUUGCUGGUCCUGCGGGUCCACUUGGUCCCAUUGGCCCCCCUGGAUUACCUGGUCCCCCGGGUCCUAAAGGAGCUAAAGGCUCAACGGGUCAAACUGGACCAAAGGGAGAGACUGGUACACCUGGACUUCCUGGCCCUCCUGGACCUCCUGGUGAUGUCAUCCACCCACUCCCCAUCCAGGCUCCUAUUAAGGGCCGAUCACGUAGGAACAUCGAUGCCAGUCAGAUGGUGGAUGAUGCAGCUAUGGAUGCCAACUAUAAAGACUAUGAUGAUGGCAUGGAGGAAAUCUUUGGCUCACUUAACUCCCUGAAGUUGGAGAUCGAGCAGAUGAAGCACCCACUGGGCACCCAGGGCAACCCUGCGCGUACCUGCAAGGACCUGCAGCUCUGCCACCCUGAUUUCCCUGAUGGUGAGUACUGGAUUGAUCCAAACCAGGGCUGCUCUCGGGACUCCUUCAAGGUUUACUGCAACUUCACAGCAGGCGGCGAGAGCUGCAUCUUCCCAGAUAAGAAGUCUGGAGGGAGCAAAAUGGCAAAAUGGCCCAAAGACUCGCCAGGCACAUGGUAUAGUCACUACAAGAGAGGUUCCCUGCUUUCCUAUGUGGAUGCCGAGGGCAAUCCCAUCGGCGUGGUCCAGAUGACGUUCUUGCGGCUGCUGAGCGCAGCAGCCAGGCAGAACAUGACAUACAACUGCUACCAAUCGGUGGCAUGGCACGACCAGGAGCAGGACAACUAUGACAAGGCCAUCCGCUUCUUGGGCUCCAACGAUGAGGAGAUGUCUUAUGACAACAACCCCUACAUCCGCGCCUUAGUUGAUGGCUGUGCGCUGAAAAAGGGCUAUGAAAAGACAGUACUUGAGAUCAACACACCAAAGGUGGAACAGGUGCCAUUUGUGGACAUCAUGUUCAACGAUUUUGGCGGCUCCACGCAGAAGUUCGGAUUCGAAGUGGGGCCCGUCUGUUUCAUCGGCUAAGACUUUUUAACUGAGCAAAUGGAGAAAGAAAAAAAAAAGCAUAUUUUUGUUUUCUCAAAAACAAUUGAUGAAAAAGAAUAGGACGAUUCUAUUUGUAAAAGAAAAACGUUACUUUUUUUUUCCAAAAAGCAGCAAGUAUAAAGUAAAAUGAAAUCAAGUUGAGAAUACGGUGAAAUUUUUUUUAUAGGAAACAGAGGAAAUAACCUUGAAACCUCAGUGUGCCUUCUCCAUCACAUGCAAGUUUUGAAACUGGAUGUCAGAUCCUCCUUCCUAUACAGUUCACUCACACACAAAAACCUAGCCCCAUGUCACCACACUUUUGUUCCAAACAACGAAGGCGACCUUGAGAGCCGCGGCCGUUCCAGACGGUCGCGCUAUGUGCCUUGGACUCCAUUUGAUUUGGCUCUUUUUUUUCUUUGCUUUAGUUUUGAUCUCAUGUUUUCCUUCAUCUCCCUGGCUUUGCUUUUUUCUCAGUUUGUUUGCUCAUUUCACUACGGGAGCUUUGUUUGUGCAUAAUUGUCUCCCCAUUCUCUUGGGAUGGGCCAUAUAUAUAUAUAUAUAAAAAUAUAUAUAUAUAAAUAUAUAUAAAUGAUUUUUUUAUGUUUGUAAGUACAUUCUGUAUAUUUUUCUGGGUAGCUUUUAUUGCUUCUGGCUUCAAAACAUGCAUGUGACUUUCUAUAUUUGUGAGGUAGGAGAGCGUGGACGACAUCCAAAAUUGUAGAAAAGUGAGAGAAUUCGACUUGUAAAAUCAAAAUCCAGAAAAAAAAAAACCAACCCCGUGGUGAGUCCUGUCUUGUUGCAACUGUGGAGCACGCCUUUGUUGUAAUUUAAGAACAAAAUGGAAAUAAAGGACGAAAACAAGCUCUGUUAUUAUGUGACAGUUAAUUUGCAGACAGAAAACAAAAAGAACAAAAAAAAAUACAUUCCUCCUUUUUGUGUCCUCUGAACAGAACACCCCGCAUUGGUGGCAAUAUUCUUAACUUAAUAAAAGCCUUCUUCAUGUUUCCUGAAAUCUGACUAUGCAGUGGGAGAUGAUGAUGGUGAUGAUGUCACAUUGUAACGAAAACACAAAGAAAUCGAAACCUAGGUGCUAUUUUCUCUCUCUUCUGUGGUGCUAUGUAUUUUUUCUAGUUUUGUGUUUGAAAUAUGGAAAACUUGUGCUGAGAGUAACUCCAUCGCCGCCAGCCCCUUUGACUCGCUUGAGCAUCCAGUGGUGGUUUAUGCAUGCCGUUAUUUUUUUGUUUGUUUCCCGUACAUAGCCACUCUGAGAUCAGUGCAGCAUGGUACCGUAUGUUAUCUCCUGCUUCAGCGGACCACGCAGAUAAGAAAUGGGUCUGUACCAAAUGUUGGAAAUGACGAGAGGAAUCUAAGAUGGUGCUGUUGGCUUUGCGUAUCAAUGCUCUGUGACGCUGCAUUAUUUUUUUAUUUUUUUUUUAUCAUAUGUGCCACAUGAAACUAGGUUAAAAGAUGGACAUGUUGCAAUUGGGCCAAAUGGAUACAGUGCAAAUUAUAAGGUCCUUCCACCAAAGGUUUUCUUUUCUUUUUUUGUUAUGGGAAAACAACUCGAGAAACUUGUUGAUUAGCCAGAUGGAACGGUUUGUUCAUGCAGCGUCAAAACUUGCCUAUCGGUCUAUAAUUCUUUUCUUUUUUUUUUUUUUUUUUUUGCCUUAUUGUAAUAUUGCUCUCUGUUCAAACUAUGCACUCUUUAUGCUUAUGACCACUAGUAUCUACCACAGAAUUGUUACAGCUCUUCAUUUUUUUUGGCUUCCUUUUUAAAAAAAAGAGAAAAAAAAUCUUUAAAUAUGUGACUUGAACCUUUUCUGUUAAGAUAACUCAAUAUGCUUGUAGAUCUUUGGCUUUAUUUUUCAUUUGAUGCAGUAAAUCCAAAUUUAACACUCUGCUCUCAAUAAUAAUUAUAAUGAUUUUUUUUUUUUUUUAAAAAAAGGACAAACAAUUAUUUUGUAAAUUUCCAGAACCAGCAGUGGUGCUGCCAUUUUUUUUCUUUUUUUUCUGUUUUUGGGUUGUUGUUUUUUUGUCUUUGUUUCAUUUUGUAGAUUUUCUGUUUGUUUGUUUUUCACAGUUUUGUCAAACCUGUGUAAGGAUCAGAGGAUAGAAGAUAUAUUGGUUUUUAUGUCAAUAAAUCCAAGUUUACUGUGGCCAUCCACUCUUGUAUGUCUUUUGAAGCAUUAAAACCUAUCUGUAUGCAUGAAAUUGUAAAGUUUUUUCUCUUGUUAUGAUUUUUUUGUAGCGUGGCAUGAUCUCCGGUCCAUGUUUUAUUCAUCAGGAUACGUUAGCUUUUUUUUUUUUUUUUUCAUUGCUACAGAUGAAAAAAAAGAAGAAGAAGAAGAAAAAAAAGGUCAUGUCCACAAUUGUGAAGUGGAGAGAAACUGAUGAACUUGUAACUCUACCAAAGCCAAUGUUCGUUUGUAGUAUAUUUAUUGUAUUAUUUAAAAUAAAAAAAUAAAUGUUAAAUGAUACCAUA